GCAGCCGUUGGGAGUCGUCAGCGUCCGUGGACGUCUAGAAGCCGUUCCUCGUGCGAUGCAACGUACCCGCGCUAGCUGGCCCUCUCUCCAUCGUGGUGGCGUCGCCGACGGCGGCAGCAACGACACAGGAAAGCGGCUACACGAUGCAUGGUCCUGCGCGUCAUAGCUCUUUACGUGUGUGCAUGCAUGUGUGAGCUCCUCGCGGUACGUGUGCGUGGCCAUAUACGCACGUCUAUCCUCGCCGUCGUAUCUCUCGCGACCAACGACCCUCGCACAUCAACUUUUUACGAGUACAAGCAGAAUGCACACACGAGAGCAGCUAGCUCGAGCAUGAAACGUGGAGGGUCGUUCUUCCGUUGCAUACUGCGUCGAGCACGUGCCGAGAACCUUAUUUGUACCAGUGAGCCGAAAAUAGCGCAGGCAAGGAGCGUCACGAUGCGGGGCAAGGCGGCUGGCCGUGGGACGGACCCGCCGCUUCUGAAUGACGACAACGACGACGAGACCGACGACUUGGAUCUCAACAGGUGGUGCGAUCCUGACAUUGACGACCAGCUCGACUUGCUCGUGCUCGACGAUUGGUCACGCCCACUCGCCAUCACCGAAAAAGAGGCAGCGCUACGCGCCCAGCGAGAUACGCUCCGGCGCCUCCAGCGCGAAGCCAAGCUCAGAGCCGAAGAGAAACCUCGAAAUGAGAGCUCCAAACCAGCGGGUCGCCGGCCACCGCGACCCAAGCCAGACGAGAUCGUCAACACGAAUCUCCCCGUGCAAAGCAGUCAACUUUCAGAUGUUGCGAGUCGUCGGCCCCAAGCCAUUUUGCACCUUUCGGCGCCGCCGCUGCACUCGAUUCCGAUCGCACUCCGAGAUCUCGAGAACGAUCGGAUCAACCUCGCGCUCGACCAUCCGUCCGACGCGCUCUUAGUGGCGUCCUCGUCAGCCGAGCUCCAAAUGGUCGAGGCGCUGCGACAACCGCCAUCGUCGAUCCUCCUCGAGCUGCCACCGACGCGCGAACGGGACGCGCCGCUUCGACCGCUGCAGCCGUACCACCCGCUACGCAAAGGCCUGAGCUACGCCUCCGGCGCGCCCGUGCUGCGAAAGCUCGAGCAAGACCGACUCGAUGCUGCGUUGAAACCAAGGGGCCGCCGGUCGCUCGACCUCAUUGACGGUGAUCCAUCGUUGCGGAUGCGCGCGGUGCGCAAGAUGGACAUUGAGCGGCAGAUCCGUCAAGUCAAGUCGUGCUUACGCAACUCGAUUGCGACCAAGAACGUCGAGUCACAGCCCAGCUUGACCGCGCCGUCGCGCCUCGAUGUCUUGCGCAGCAGCGUGAGCACGUCCCUCCUCGAGGCGAUGCUCACCACGCAUCACCACAGCACAAACUUUCAGAGUCACAAACUGCAAGUAAAACGAUAACAUAGGUCGGAACAUGGACUAGUAGAA